UUCAAAUAUAUUUGACCGUUAUCCAACCGACAAAAAUCUCUUGUCAUGAACUAGGCUGCAAAGCGACAUUUCCAAGAUGCACCGUAGACUUAGAAUUAUCUUAAUUCAUGCUGCUGUGGUCGGCUUGAUGUUGAUUAUUUUGGCUGCAAAAAAUUACCCUGCCCCUCAUGAAAAAUACAGGAUUUGCGGCGACAGGCCUUUGAGGCCGGUCCGACAUCGAAGUACUCGGAUGAUCGGCGGUGUGAACGUCGGUGUGGAUGUUUGGCCGUGGCAGGUGUCCAUCCUGUACCAGCCCAAUUCAUCUGUCCCGUUUCGUCAGAUCUGUGGUGGAGCUAUUGUUCAUGAAAAAUGGGUUAUGACAGCAGCCGCAUGUGCAUUAGAAGAUAAAGGGAAGCUUUUGGUCCGAGCAGGCAGCAACAGCCUGGAUGUUGAUGAUGCGUCCACACAGAUCUCUGAAGUCUCUAGAAGUAUUGUACACAGGAAAUUUGGUCCUUACAGCAUGCGCUACAAUAUUGCUCUUUUAGAAAUGAAGACCCCUUUUGUGUUUGACAGUUAUGUCUUACCCAUCUGUGUGCCUAAUGAAAGUAUAGCUGAGUAUAACUUUGAGUCCUGUUACAUCACAGGAUACAACGCUCAACCUGGUGACGAUGCUGGAAUGCUGCAAGAGGCUAAAGUGUGGUUAAUAACACGGUCACUGUGCAAUAAGCCUAUGUUUUGGAACUAUACCGUGUCACCGGACUUUAUUUGUGCUGGUGAAUUCAAUGGAGGUAUCAAUGGAUGUGAGACAAAUAUUGGUGGACCGCUGAGCUGCUAUAUCAAAAUUUUCCACUCCUACUUCCUGAUUGGAUUUCGAGUGAAGGCCACUUCCUGUGAACUACCGCACCAACCAAAUAUUUACAUUAAAGUCCACACUUACUUUUUUUGGAUUGAGAAAGAAAUGAAUGUCACCUUAAUCUGAAAUCAAGCUGGAUUCAUGCAGCCGUCAGAGGAAGCCGCUUUACAGUAUGUUAAUCUUACCUGUCUGGAGUGUCAUACUUUGCCUAUUAGUUCUUAUAUACUUACAAAUGUGUUAAUCCUAUUGAAAUUCAUACACUAUAUACAUGUUCUUAUUGUACAUUAACUUUGUUAAUCUAAUGGAUAUACAGUGUAUAAAGCCUCGUGACAUGCUUGUUUAGACCUAUGAAAUUCAGGAUAUUGUGACCACUGGUGGACAAAGCCGAAUUUAGCUCGAGUUUAUAUGAUGAAUCCUGGUGUGCUGGAAUGUUGUUGUUUUUUUUCCUUUUAAAGAGUCAUUUUAAAAAUGUUGACUCUGUUUAGUUUCUUUCUGGAUUCAGUUUUUUUUUUUUUAA